CAAUAAAUAAAUAAAUUAGGAUGUAAAUAAAAAUUGCUGCUCGUUUUUGUUAAGAAGAGGAUGGAUACAACAAAUUAAUAAUUAAAUUAAAUCAAAUAUUAAAAAUUCAUAUCAAUUAUAGAUUAAUUAACAAAUAAAUAAAUAAGUAAAUAAAUAAAUAUGGGAGGAAAUCCUUCAAAAAAAUCUAAUUUUUAAGACUGCAGUCUAACAUAGGAACAGAUCGAUAAAAUUUACAACAACUUUUGUGAAUUCUCUAAGCUAAAAGACGGGAAAUCAGGAUCCUACAUUAGCUCUAGAGGUUUACAAAAAGUUGUUAAGCCAAACAAAGAGUUGGGAAAAAAGAUCCAUCAGUUCUUAUCAGAGUAGUCAGUGAGCCAGAGCCUAACAUUUGACACUUUCCUCUAUUUUGUGGAAUUCUUUUUGCAAGGCACAACUUACAUAAGACAAGAUAUUAGAUACAGAGACUACUCGAUAGUUGAAAUGUUUGGCUUGCUCUCAUUCUAUUCCAGUCUCACCAAAAAUAAACAAGCCGACAAAGAAUAUAUCAGCCGUCUUAAGAUCAAUUAUAGAAUGGGUCUUGAGUUUUUUAUUGAAAUUCAUGGAGUAAUUGGAGCUUUAAAUGGUAAAUACAAGUGGGACAGAGAUGAAUCAAUUCCUAAAAAGCACAAUUCAUUUAUUUUUGGAGAUAAAUAUGAAAUGAGCUUCUCUGAAUUUAUUGUGGCUGUAACUACUAAACACCCAAACUUAAGCAAAUUAUUAUUAGCUUACUUCUAGAAUACUUUCUAUCAUAAAAAAUAAUACAAAGAAAAUUAAGAAGGUAAUCACCAUCCUCCUAAAUAAAGUGCUUUGCUAGACCACAAUACUUUAACAAACUUAUCUCUUAAUGUUAAUUUGUUUUCUGAAUUCCCUAAUCGUGAGAUUAUUUACGAUGGUUAGAAAGACAGAUACAAUUUUGAAUCUUUAAUCAAAGCAAUUUAAACAUUUGGAAACUAAAAUCUCCUUUUAAUUGUUAGUCAUUUGGCAAAAAAAUCUUAAGUAGUUGAAGAAGAAGAGCACAUAUUAUCAAGAUCAAAAUGGGCAAUUGCAGGUAACACAGAAAGAUAAAGUUUUGCUAUCUUUUUACCUAAGUACAAGAACCAAUCUGAGUCAUUUUUGUAGUUAACUCCUAAUUUCUAGGUUUAUCCCAACACAAGUGGCAGACAAAACUUUUUCAACAUGGACUAGACAGCAAUAGUUGUUUUCUUUGGAGAAGAAGAAAAUGAUUUGAUGUUUUUGCAUAAUGAAAUCAACAAACAAAGUUAUAUUAAAUCUACAAAGCCAGAAUUUGCUCAAAGUGGUGAUUAGCCCAUAGUUAUGAAUAUUGAUCAAAUUGAAUUGUGGGUUUUGAGUGAUGAAACUAUUGAUAUGAGUCUUUACAACAAAACCACUAACACAACUGUAGUUGUUAAAGAAGAGUUAGUUACCCCUUAGCCUCAAGUCAAUAGCUAAACUAUUACCACAACCACUACUUCAAAUGUUUAGCCUCAGUCUGUAGUUAUCGAAAGAAAUGUUUCUCGUGAAUACUACGUAACUUAAACAAACUAGCAAUACUACCAAACCACCUAGAUCAAAGAUGUUAAAUGAAAAACAAAAAAAUAUAUAUAUAUUUAUAAAACCUAAAAAUAUUUUAACGUUUUUAUCUAUAAUGUGAUUGAUUCUAUGCCAAGAUAUGCAUCCUUUGUUUCGUUAAAUAAUCCUAAAAUUUUAUUU